CCUCCACCACCCCCUCAAUGGGCCAUUGAUCUCGACUCUCCCCCCACCCGUACCAAAGCCAGUUCUUCGAUCCCCGAUCCACCAGGCUACACAUCCGUCUCACCUUCCAAUUCCUCCAAAAAACCCUCCAUCACAUCCAGCCCGCGCAACGCGCCGACCCCCGAAGAAACCGACACUUUGAAGAUCAAGAAAGCAUGGGAAGUCGCGCUCGCGCCACUAAAACAGCUGCCUAUGACCGCCAUCAUGAUGUACAUGUCGGGGAACUCGUUGCAGAUCUUUAGUAUCAUGAUGGUGGUGAUGGCGUUUAAGAAUCCGCUCAUGGGCCUCGUGGCGACGGGACCCACGUUUGAGAGGUUUGAGAGCGAGGGCACCAGGCAGAGGUUGGUCCAGGUCAAGGCCGUUUAUGUCCUGAUGCAGGUGCUGGCGCUGGCUUUGGGCGUGUGGAAGGUCGAUAAAAUGGGCUUGUUGCCGACGACGAGAUCGGAUUGGUUGGCGUGGGAGACGGCGAGGGAACCGUUGGAGGUUGCAAUACCC